AUGGCCAGCGGUAGGCCUCCAGGUCACCAUCCAGCCGCUGGCCGCGAUGAGGAUCUGAUGCAGAUGGAGGAGUCGGACCCUUCGUACUACAGCACGGGGCAGCGCCCACCCGUCAACGAUGACAACCUGUUGCGACAAUACAAUAUUGACGAUUCCGAUCAACCGCAGCCGCGUCCCUCGGUUUCCUACGAUAACUUUGUCGGCGGGCGGGCGCCCCCGGCGGCUGGAGCCCAUGCGUCGUCUUCCGCGCAUCCUCCGGCUCAACCGGGGGCUUCAUACCUCAGCGGUCCCUACGCCGGUGCGGAGAUGUCUCGAACCUUCUCGCAAACGUCGGGGCUGAGCAACUACCACCGGUACUCCCUUGAUGAUCUCGACGAUGACCGAUCGGUGCACGGGUACUACAACAUGGAUGACGAUGAUCAUAUGGCGUCGCCCCAUCGCGUCCGGAAGGCGAAGGAGCGGAACAGCAUUCUGGGCUUGGGAGGUGGCCUGAUGGGGAGAGCGAAGCAUAUGCUGGGCAUGGGGCCUGAGUACUCGGAGAUGGAUCUGCCGCUGACCGAGGCCGGGGGCAGAGGAGCACGGGCAGACAGUGUUGGGGCCGAAGGGACGAGCGCGCCUACGGGACAGAAGAAAUCCAGGAAGCCGGGCUUCAAGUUUGGAUUCGGGCGCAGGAAGGUCGACCCGUCGACUCUCGGUCCCCGUAUUAUCAUGCUCAAUAACCCGCCGGCCAAUGCUACGCACAAGUUUGUCGAUAACCAUGUGUCCACGGCCAAGUACAAUAUCAUCACGUUUGUCCCGAAAUUCCUCUACGAGCAGUUCUCGAAAUAUGCAAAUCUGUUUUUCUUGUUUACCGCCGCACUGCAGCAGAUACCCAAUGUCUCCCCGACGAAUCGUUUCACUACCAUUGUCCCCUUGUUGAUUGUGUUGCUGGUUUCUGCGAUUAAGGAACUUGUGGAGGACUACAAGCGGAGAUCCUCGGACAAGUCGCUCAACUAUUCCAAGACCCAGGUUCUGAAGGGCUCGGCGUUCCACGACACCAAGUGGAUCGAUGUGGCUGUUGGGGAUAUUGUGCGCGUCGAAUCUGAACAGCCCUUUCCGGCUGAUUUGGUCUUGCUUGCAUCCUCCGAGCCCGAAGGUCUCUGUUAUAUCGAGACCGCCAAUCUGGACGGCGAGACCAAUCUGAAGAUCAAGCAAGCGAUUCCCGAAACCGCGCAUCUGGUCAGUCCUGCUGAUCUCAGCCGUCUGAGCGGGCGAAUCCGGUCCGAACAGCCCAACAGCAGCCUCUACACGUACGAGGCGACCCUAACGAUGCACGCCGGAGGAGGCGAGAAAGAACUUCCCCUUGCUCCGGAUCAGCUGCUCUUACGCGGAGCCACCUUGCGUAACACUCCCUGGAUCCAUGGCAUUGUGGUCUUCACUGGUCACGAAACAAAAUUGAUGCGCAACGCGACUGCGACGCCGAUCAAGCGCACGGCAGUGGAGCGCAUGGUCAACAUCCAGAUUCUGAUGUUGGUCAGCAUUCUCGUGGCCCUGAGUGUUGUGAGUUCUGUGGGCGACCUGAUCAUUCGACAGACCCAGCACAAGAAGCUUGUCUAUCUCGACUACGGCAGUACAAACCCCGUCAAGCAAUUCGUGCUCGAUAUCUUCACCUACUGGGUGCUGUAUUCGAAUCUGGUUCCCAUCUCUCUGUUUGUCACCAUCGAAAUCGUCAAGUAUGCGCAGGCAUUCUUGAUCAAUUCCGAUCUCGACAUCUACUACGACAAGACCGACACGCCGGCCACCUGCAGGACCUCUUCGCUCGUCGAGGAGCUUGGACAGAUCGAAUACAUUUUCUCCGACAAGACCGGAACGUUGACGUGCAACCAAAUGGAAUUCAAGCAGUGCACCAUCUACGGCAUCCAAUAUGGUGAUGACGUGCCUGAAGACCGCCAGGCUACAGUGGAGGAUGGCAACGAGAUUGGCGUCCACGACUUUAAAAAGCUCAAGGAGAAUCUGCAUUCACAUCCGUCGCGAGAUGCGAUCCAUCACUUUCUUACCCUGCUUGCCACCUGCCAUACUGUCAUCCCUGAAAAGGCGGACGCAGAUCCCGACAAGAUCAAAUACCAGGCCGCGUCUCCUGACGAAGGUGCUCUGGUGGAGGGCGCCGCAUCGCUGGGCUACCGUUUCACCAACCGACGGCCGCGCUCUGUCAUUUUUACCACCGGAGGCGAAGAUUUCGAAUACGAGUUGCUGGCGGUGUGCGAAUUCAACUCGACGAGAAAGCGCAUGUCGACGAUCUUCCGAUGUCCGGAUGGCAAAAUCCGGGUCUACACCAAGGGUGCGGACACUGUCAUCCUCGAGCGGCUGGGUCCCGAUAACCCGAUUGUCGAAGCAACUCUGCAGCAUCUGGAGGAAUACGCGUCCGAGGGUCUCCGGACACUUUGUCUGGCCAUGCGCGAAGUUCCGGAGGAAGAGUUUCAGCAGUGGAUUCAGAUCUAUGACAAAGCUGCGACGACCGUUAGUGGAAACCGUGCAGACGAGCUCGACAAAGCUGCGGAGCUCAUCGAGAAGGACCUCUACUUGCUUGGUGCCACGGCCAUCGAGGAUCGUCUGCAGGAUGGCGUCCCUGACACCAUCCAUACUCUGCAGACCGCUGGUAUCAAGAUCUGGGUGUUGACUGGUGACCGACAAGAAACCGCUAUCAACAUUGGAAUGUCAUGCAAGCUGAUCUCGGAAGACAUGACGUUGUUAAUCGUCAAUGAGGACAACGCGCAAGCCACCCGCGAUAAUCUGACCAAGAAGCUCCAGGCUGUUCAGAGCCAGGGCACCUCCAGCGAGAUUGAAGCGCUUGCGCUCGUUAUUGACGGCCGGUCUUUGACGUUCGCCUUGGAGAAGGAUAUGGAGAAACUGUUCUUGGACCUGGCGGUCAUGUGUAAAGCUGUCGUUUGCUGUCGUGUCUCUCCACUUCAGAAGGCAUUGGUUGUUAAGCUGGUGAAGCGACACCUGAAAUCCUUGCUGUUGGCCAUUGGCGAUGGCGCCAACGAUGUCUCCAUGAUCCAAGCAGCCCACGUUGGUGUGGGUAUCAGUGGUGUUGAAGGUCUGCAGGCCGCCCGGUCUGCGGAUGUUUCGAUCGCCCAGUUCCGUUAUCUUCGUAAACUGCUCCUUGUCCAUGGCGCUUGGAGUUAUCACCGCAUCAGUCGAGUUAUCCUCUAUUCAUUCUACAAGAACAUUGCUCUGUACAUGACGCAAUUCUGGUACUCCUUCCAGAAUGCCUUCUCUGGCGAGGUCAUUUACGAAUCAUGGACCCUUUCCUUCUACAACGUCUUUUUCACUGUGCUGCCCCCGUUUGUCAUGGGUAUCUGCGACCAGUUUAUCUCCGCCCGGCUGCUCGAUCGGUAUCCGCAACUGUACCAGCUUGGACAGAAGGGGCUGUUCUUCAAGCGACACAGCUUCUGGUCGUGGAUCGCGAACGGAUUCUACCACUCCCUGCUGCUCUACAUCGUCUCGGAGCUGAUCUUUUUCUGGGAUCUCCCGCAAGCGGACGGCAAGGUGGCUGGACAUUGGGUCUGGGGUUCGGCCCUGUACACCGCGGUCCUGGCCACGGUGCUGGGCAAAGCAGCCCUGAUCACCAACAUCUGGACAAAAUACCACUUCAUCGCCAUCCCCGGGUCGAUGAUCAUUUGGCUCAUCUUCCUUCCGGCCUACGGCUACGCGGCCCCGGCCAUCGGCUUCUCGACCGAAUACUACGGCACCGUACCGCGGCUCUUCAGCUCUCCGGUCUUCUACCUGAUGGCCAUCGUGCUACCCUGCCUCUGCCUGCUCCGCGACUACGCGUGGAAAUACGCCAAGCGCAUGUACUAUCCGCAACACUACCACCACGUGCAGGAGAUCCAGAAGUACAACGUGCAGGACUACCGGCCGCGCAUGGAGCAGUUCCAGAAGGCGAUCCGCAAGGUGCGGCAGGUCCAGCGCAUGCGCAAGCAGCGCGGCUACGCGUUCAGCCAGGCCGACGAGGGCGGGCAGAUGCGCGUUGUCAAUGCUUAUGAUACCACGAGAGCGAGAGGACGAUACGGCGAGAUGACCAGUUCAAGGACGCUGGUUUGA